AUGGCGGAGCGAGCGGCGGGGAGCUGCGAGGCGGCGGAGAGCCCCGGGCCGCGGCCGUCUGGCGGGUCGUCGGAGGAGGUGAGCGCUGGCGGGGGGCCCGGCCCGGCGGAGGGGGCCGCGGGGAGGCCUCGCCGCCCGCCUCCUAACCGCUUUUCCCCUCAGCGUUCCCCCGGCGGAGCCCGCCCUGCGGCCGGAGGUGUCGUCUCAGAUCCUGACCCUGGAGAGAGAAAAGCGGAUCCCAAGCAAUUCCUAAAGCCACCUGACGUAGCUGCUGUUAGCCAGAACAUUAGUCCCUGUGAGACCACCGGAGCGGCUACGAGGAAAACAUCCCACAAAAGUCCCAGCCCCAGGAAAAGCCCCCUCGUCACCACUCCUCAAGCCAAGCGUCGCUCUUGGUGUCGUUCGAGCCUGAAGGGGACAAAACACCGAAAAUCUCUGCCUCCUGUUCACCAGGAUGUCACUGACUUGAGCAAAUCAAUUAGCCUGGAUCUGCCGGAGACAGACCGGCUUUCUAUGCUGUUGUUGUCCAGUUUCCAAUUUUCUGCGCAGAAAUUCGAACACGUCUUGAAGCAAACUGACGGCUUCAGCCCUGAGGCUUUCAAAGCUAACGUGCACUCGCUUUCGGAAGAGCUGAAGCGAUACCUGCAGAAGCUGAAACGAGACGGAACACUAAAGAGCUGCAUAGAAGACCCUAAAGGGAUUUUACUGGACGCGGCUUUGGAUGAGUCGGUGGCCCAAGUGAAGGAGUACAUCGCCAGGUUCGCCGCCGAAUGUCAGUCCUGGGAUCGGCUCUUGCUGCGCCACCGGGAAAGCGCCGAAGAGAUGUCCAGGCAGCUGGAGGAGCGCCGGAGGCGGGGGGGGCAGGCGGAGCCUCCCCCUUCGCUCCCCACGUCCCAGGCCGCCGUCCUCGGCAGCAAACCCGACUACCAGCGGCUCCUGGAUGAGCAGGGGGAGGUGGUGAGCUGCGUGGAGCUCGCCCUCGACGAACUGCAGCAAGCGGUGAAGGUGCUGCAGGCCUUCAGCGAGGACAGCCGGCAGUACCUCCGGCACCUGUCGGAGCAGCUCGCCACGCGGACCUUCCGGCAGCUGGAGAACUCCCCCGUGCGCAGGCUGAUCGCCGCCCCGCCGAGGAAGACGCCGCCGCCGGAGGGCUGA